GCAGGCUGACUGCUCCACUCUCAUCCAUUAGUGACAUUGUGGGCAACAACUACAGAAGAAGAAGGAGGAUUAAAGACUUUUAAGAAUAACAAAGAGAAUAGCAACCAACUUAAAGACAAAGUUACAUAAGGAAGAAGAAGAAAAAAGAAAGUUAAUCAACUUGAAGGAAUCUUGACAGGAGGCUGAAGAGACUUAACUUAACCAGAGAUUCACUUGCAUUCAUUCUCUCUGUGACUGAGAGAGCCGGGAACACUGAUCUGCUUCCACCCAGAGCGAAGGCGCUGGAAGGCACCAUGGCCGACAACCUGAACGAGGAGUCAGACUAUGUCCCUGGGAAAGAUGAGCUGAAAUGGGGCUACGAGGAAGGUGUAGAAUGGGGACUCCAUUUCCCAGCAGCCAACGGCGAGUACCAGUCUCCGAUUAAUCUCAACUCCAGGGAAGCGCAGUAUGACCCCUCCCUCCUGGACGCCGGCUUAUCACCAAACUAUGUGGUGUGUCGAGACUGUGAGGUCAUCAACGACGGGCACACUGUCCGCAUCCUUCUCAAGUCCAAGUCAGUGGUUACUGGGGGUCCAUUGCCUAGUGAUCAUGAGUACGAGCUUCACGAGGUUCGAUUCCACUGGGGCAAAGAGAACCAGAGAGGAUCAGAGCACACCGUCAACUUCAAGGCUUUCCCGAUGGAGCUCCAUCUGAUUCACUGGAACAGCACUCUCUUUAACUCUCUAGAAGAUGCUUUAGGGAAGAAGAACGGAGUCCUCAUUAUAGCACUUUUUGUCCAGAUUGGCAAAGAGCACCUGGGUCUGAAGGCCAUCACUGAGGUCCUACAAGACCUGCAGUACAAGGGGAAGAACAAGAUAAUCCCAUGUUUCAACCCCAACACGCUCCUACCUGACCCGCUGCUGAGAGACUACUGGGUGUAUGAAGGAUCUCUGACCACACCGCCUUGCAGUGAAAAAGUGACCUGGAUACUUUUCCGCUAUCCCCUCACCAUCUCACAGCUACAGAUCGAGGAGUUUCGGAGGUUACGGUCGCACAUCAAGGGGGCGGAGCUGCUCGAAGGAAACGACGGGAUGCUGGGGGACAACUUCCGCCCCACCCAGCCACUCAGUGACAGGGUCGUCCGCGCCGCCUUCCAGUGACUUUCACUCUCCUGUGCCGUCUCAGUGAAACUCUGGGACCUACACAUAAAACCAUGGAAGGAGAAGAAAACAGAGGAGUGGAAACAGGAAGAAAGAAAGGAAAUUAAUGUGAUAACAGAUCCAAGACAAACUAGAAGAGAAUGAAAAAGCUUUUAGUGCCGCCACCUUCACUCCAGGCUUUGUGUGUGUGUGUGUGUGUGUGUGUGUGUGUGGGGGGUGUGCGUGUGUGUGUGUGUGUGUGUGUGUGUGUGUUUCAGUACAUGUGAGUGCAGCCAUCUUUUUCUGGAUUGUUUCUCACUCCUCCCUGUAUUUUUGCCGUUCACAUUGACUGUUCAUGUGUGUAUUUGUUGCACGUUUGGUUUGGGGCGUCAUUGUGUCUGCGUCCUGAGUGUGUGUUGUGACUAAAUGAUGAAGAAUCGACCGCAGACGAACAAGAAGCCUGAAAAACACACACCGGGACACAGUUUCACUCACCCGUCAUGUUCUUCAUAUUUUAAUACUCCACUUAAAAUAAUCCUAUUAUCAUUCUUAUGAGAUCAAUAUUAAUAAACUUAAAUCUUAAAAAAAAUAAUUUAUUUUAUACAGAAGCUGUGAAUGAUAAACUGGGAAUAAAUGGCUUCUGAAGUUCUAUGUUCCAGCUCACUUUCCGUCUUCUGGCAGUGAAUUCAACACCACUUUCACCUUUUAAAAGACAAGUGAAAUAAAAAUGAUUUCACUUGUCAUAGGUAAGACAAUAGGUAAGAUGUAUAGUGUGUUAAGGUACAAUACAUCAAAUGGAGUUGGUACGAUUUAUAGUAACGACGACUGUGACUGGAAAGCAACAAUACACUACAGCUUACUAAAAAAAAAAAGUCUGUACAUGAACUAACAAAAAGAGCGUCUUACAUGCCAUUCACAGAGCAAACGCAUCUGAUGACAAGCAGGUGAAAACUGGCCAAUCACGUUAAAUUGACGUGGGAAACGUGUUUUUCUUGAGCAUUAGAAAACAGCUGUUUUCUUUUGACAGGUGCUGAUAUCAAGACACUGUAAGAACUACAGGACUCAUGUUUGGGGAAGGGUUCUUAAAUCAAUAGUUUGGAUGUUUGUAACCCUUUAAGUCCUAAACAUAGCGGCGACCAUCCAGCCAAAUUUAUAGCACCCUAAUUCCGCCACACUGUCUGAAAAAAACCCAACGGUUUUUGAAAUGGGAGAUGUUGUUCUUCCCAGCCAUUACGGUAAUUUUACCCCCGUCCUCAGCAGGGAGACUAAUCUGAGGGGCAAUCUUUUAAUAGGCCGUAAAUUGCGAAAAUCACUCGCUAGAUAUUGAAAGUUCCAGUUGUUGUGGAUAAAUGGGCUAAUGUAUUUACUCACAAGACGUUUAAAAAAACUGCAUACAAUUUAAAUAAACAAAAAAUAUGCAGGCGGUGGUUUGAAAUUUAGGACAUAAAGGGUUGCAGUUUGUAAAAACAAACAAAAAAACGAAUGAAUUAUUUCUGUCUUUCACUGUUUAACUUGAAACAAAGUGUUAAAAUCAAGUCAGAUUGUGCAAUUAUUGUAUGGAGCCUAUAUGAAUGCGUACUGCACAAAGUUUUGGUUUAUUGUCAGAAUAAAAAAUGAAACUUGUGUGCAUUCUUGA